GAGACUUCUCUUAGAAUCAGGUUUCUAUUAAGGGAGGUGGUUCCUUCUCCCAGAAGAGGUUGUAAUCUAAGUAGUUCUUAGUUAACUCCUAUUCCUGCUGUAUAAUUACCUGUCUGCUCCCAUCCUCCUCUUUUCUUCACUUCCAACAUGUCUUUGUUUUCAUAGCUUGGUAAAACUUUGGGUCCUCAGCUUGUUGAUCUCUGUGUGGACCUGCUGAGCAUCUUGUUGUGCCGGGACAAUGAAAUAAAGCUGGAGCAGCAGCAGAAGCAGGAGGAGCAUCAGGCUGAUGGGAUCUCUUCAUGGAUGAGGAGCCUCUGAUGACAGAAGUGUCUUCAAAUGACAAGACCCUGGAGGAUGCACUCACCUUGAUUUUCAGACAUCCUGCACUGGAGAGCUGGUUCCUGGCGUUGGAGCUGCGCUCUGUUCCUCAGCCUGGUCUGAACCCUGUCACUGUGAAGCUCCUGUCAGCUCACCUCCAUUCUGGGGUGCUCCAGCUGCUGAAAACGAGAGAUCACAGACACGUCUUGUCCAAGUAUUUCAAAGCCAUCACCAAAAGUGUCCUGGAAGAGCUGCAGACUGGGGGGAAGGACCAAAGCCAGGUCUAUCCCAGGAAGUCUCACCAGCUGCAGGCUCUGGAGGAGCUGCACAUGUACAUGACUGCAGCUCAGCUGAAGGAGAUCACUUUAACCAUGCUGCAACUUCCUGAGAUGGGCUUGGCUUCUCAGAAAUCUGAAAAAAUCCCCUAA